CGAGUUGAAGGUUCUCAGCGCUGCCCAGGAUCGGGCCCUGGGUUCCUUCAUUCUUGGUGUUUCCCUGUGGAACCUCGUUAGGGCUGAUUGACACACAGACAUCGUUAAGCCAGUGCACAGGCCAGCCCUUAGCUUAGGAGACAGCGCACAGGACUUAGCAGGAAUGCCCCUGCUCAAGGGGGAUUUGAAUCUGGGGAGGUGAUGAUUUAAUUGUCCUGAUGUAAGAUUCCUUAACGAGCCAGGACUCAAUACUCAGCUAUAAGCAAGCGCUCGACUGCCUGGCAGAAGGGCCAUGUUGCGAAUCCAGCCGAGAGAGAAGCAAUUAUAAUUUUUUGUAAGCACUGACCAGUGCCCUGCAUGCUCCACCGUGUACCAAUGGAUAAUCAGUUAAUUAAUAACGGUGCUAAGCUCCUGCAUGCACAGACCCCUAGAGGAUGUACCAUGAUGUCGUUUUGCUCCUCCCCAUCUCCCAGCAUCUGCUAUCUGGAUCAGCACAGAGACACACAGAGAGCAGUGAAGACAUGGAGGUGCCCAGCAAAAAACCUUCUCUCCCUUUAUUGCUAGUGACGCUGAUCAGCCUCUCUCCAGGUUCAUGAUUCUGCCGUGCGGAUGAGGAAGAUGGAGAGACGUUUCUGAUGGUGUAGCACUUCCCAAUUGCUUUCUUUGUUCUCCUCUAUCUGCACAAUUGUGUAGGACAUAGGUCUGGUGUAGCGACGAGCCGCAACCAAAAAUGGAUAUCCUGGUUGCCCAAGCACCUACUCCCCACCGCUGGGUGAAUGGGACUCUGGGAGGAUCGGUCUUGCUGUCUGUGGAUCUAUCCCCUGGGAAAAAGGUGAAAGAAAUCGAAUGGAGCUUUCGUGCUGGGUCAGGUGUGACGAUCCAGCUGGCUGAGUUCAGUGCGGGGAAGUUUGAGCGACCCGAUCCCAGCGACAGAUUUAAGAAGAGGCUAGAAAAGUACAACGAGACCUCGCUGAGGAUCAAGGCUCUGGAGCUGGGCGAUAGCGGAGUUUAUGAGGCCCGGAUUAAGAUAGUACCAGCAACUGUGGAGGAACAGGCCUUUCUCCUCGCGGUCUAUGAGCCAGUGCCGCAGCCCCAGAUCCGGAGCCAGCUGCUCGCCAGCACGCUGGAGGGGUGCAACGUCACGCUGCAGUGCCAGGGCUCGGGGAAGGGAAACGUGAGCAUCUCCUGGGGGAGAGGGAACCCGGUCCAGGAGCUGGAUCCAGGUCGUCACCAGCUCUCCCCUGAUGGCAGGAGGCUCCAGCUGUCUCUGCAGCCCAGCUCCCUGAAUGCCACCUACACCUGCACGGUCAGCAACCCCGUGGAUCAGAAGAUCGUCUCCUUCGACCUGCAGAGCAUCUGCCGCAGUGGAGAUGCAGACGCGUCCUUCUCGAAGCCGGGGUACAUUGUGCUGACGUUCUUCCUGUUAGUGCUAAGCCUUGGGACUGCCGUCUGGUGUUGGCGGAUGAACAACGAGAAGUCAGCUGACCCAGCUGCCACCCCCACGGGCCCAGUGGAAGAAAGUCCGUCCGACCCGCAGUACGCUGAGAUCUUGAGGAGUCCCCCAGAAGGAAAUGACCAGGGCCUACGUCACCUGGAAAAUAACACGGAGCGGAGCCCACAGAAAGAGCCUCUAAUCACCACCAUCUACGACACGCUCCAGAGGACCCCCGAGAACACGUCCGAGGAGGUCACAUAGGCCCCCAGGAACCAGAGGAGGUGGCGUAUCAGAGCUUUACCAAGGGCUUUGAAGUGCACCGUGUGCCCCACUCAAACUCUGUAGCUGAACGGUCUAAGUUCCACCCGCGAACCCGAAUGGGAGAAGACACCUUCUCCAGCUCUGGAGCCUGCCUCGUGACGCCUCCCCACCCCGCCACCCCCAUUGUUUCGGAACCUCGUGUGUGACGCCCUCAGCAACUGUUUUGGGAAGGAGGAACCCGAGUGAAGGCGGAGGAGGGAACAGGACAUGCAGCUUCAGCGCUGGCGCCUGCAAAAGCAAAGGGCCGUGCGGGCUAAGGUGACAUCUGCCCAUUCGCCGCGUGCAGGGGGAGAGGUGGAGAACACAGCACGGCCGCCCCCCCUGCAAGAGGACAUUAGCCAGCCAGAUGGAGCCCAUCUUUCCAUGGUUGGUGCACUGUCCUCCAGCAGGAGCAGCGUCCCGUCACCAACCGCGGAGCAGGAGGGUGGUGAGAGGCAAUGCGCCCUGGUGCAGAAUGGCCUGUGCCGAGAAGGAAACCACUCCCAUCUGAGCCUGGCCUGCUAGCUGCAUGACUGUGAAGAAGCAACGUCGGAAAAUGGGCUCCCUGGGGAUGGAGGCACCACUCUGGCUGUGUGAUGCGGCAGGGCCGUGGGCUGGGAGGGACUUGGAUGCACCAUGUAUUUAUUUAUCUAUUCCGUUUGAUAAUGCAAGCCCUGCGGGGUCGAUGUACAUGUGACUGAGGCAUUGGAUCCGGGGGCCUGUUCUCUGUGUGCUCGUUGGAGGAAGGGAAGUUUUCUGAAGUAGAAAUAGGAACAGAUGGUGCUGUGGCUUGGGGGGGAGGAGAGCUAUAGGCAGAGGAGAGGAAGAUAGGAGUGUGUCCGAAUUACAGUGGGUUGACUGACUGAGGGUACCGGGGAUUCACUGAUCGGUAGAAAUUGGCUGAGUAAAUGCAGUCAGAUUGCGGUUUGCCGCAAAACAGUCUGGAUCCCAUGGGAGAAAUAAAAGUAAAAUCUCCCCGCGUGCCGACUACCGCAAGGCAGAAAGGCGCAGGGGCAA